CUUUUUGAAUUCGAGUUUCGAAGUUUUUUCAAUUCGAAACUCGACCCUUGAUAAAUAUGCCCCCUAGAUGUCCCAUUACCAUCAACCUGAUUGAACAAUCAAGGCAAACUUAGCCUCUGAAUAGGGAAUUUCCAUGAAAGUUUUAUUUUUCCUUUGUGGAACUGUUUAAAUAAUAGGUUGAUAAGGUCAUGAAUGGGUUUACGUGUUAAUUCAAGUUGGUAUAUAUAUAGUAAAAAACGGAAUCAAUAAAUACAUAAGACGCAAACCUCUUAUCAAUCGCCGGUGUUUUGCAGAUGAUUCACACAUCUCAGUUAGAAAUUAAGUCCUAUUCCAAUUUCCUGUACCAGUUCCACGGCUCGUUACACCAGGAAAUCUACUUCCUCUUGUGCUGCUCUUUGUCUGAAAGUGGUAAAACCCCUUUGUAAAAAUAAACAUUCACAUCCCAGCCUGUAACUCAGAAUCAAUUGAUGACCUCCCGUGAUACAGAUCAUAAUGAAUAUUCUUGUUUUCUAACUCCUGUUCAAAUGUUCUGUUUAAGUUACUAUCAGGGUUAUUCUUUUUAUAGCCCUAUCCUUUCUUCCACACAUUUUAGGAUGGGGCAAGGUUGAGCGAAUUCUGUCCCAUUUCGCUUCGCUGGAAAAUGGGACAGAUUCUGAUAAAAACUGAUAAAAACUCACUAAAAUGCAUUGAAGUCAAUGGGCAGCAAUCUUUUUUAACAUGAGACAACUUUUUACGUGAACAACAAUUUUUCUUGAUUCAAAUGCAUUAAAGUCAAUAGGCGUUUUUCACCAAAAAAAUUUUGCUGCAGUUUCACAAAAAAAUUCACAGAUGGCAAAAUGCGGAAUUUUGCUGAAAAUCCAUGGCUGCCGAACAAUUUGCUCAUCACUAUUGAUAAUAUCACAAAAAAUAGGAGUCUUCUAAACCAGCCUAAUAUAGGAGGAGAUGAUGAUGUUACAUUGAGGUUCUCAAAAAACACCGGCGAAUUAUGAGAGGCUUGCAUCUUUGUAUUUAUUGAUUUCAUUUUCCAGUAUAUAUAUACCAAGCUAGAAUAAGUCUGUGACCAACCCUGUUUAGUGACAUUACGACAAUUGACACAUGAGUUUGUAGCAUGUACUAGACUGUAGGUAUCUCUAAAACUAAAAUCCAAAAUUCAAAGGUCUAUUUGACCACCACCUUGUUACCAUUGGAAGACAGCACGAUAAACCUCAUGAGCUAGAAAUCUAUUAAUGAUACUGAACAGUUAAUGUUUUAUUCAAAUAUUACAGACAAGCUAAUAAAGAAUCACCUGAUGAAAUUGAUUAGCUUAAUUAAACAAAAAGGCUGCAGUUAGUUGUUCCUGAGCAACGUGUAAGUUGUGAUUGUAGCCACGUUGCUCCAAAGCUAAUGGGGAGACACAGAAAUUAGUAACCUUGCCUUGUUGAAGUUCAAGGUGAACUUGGUCAUGAGGGAUUAGCUGGCCGUCAGGACAAGACAAUGACAACAGCCAGAAGAAACCUAGAAACAUCACAGAAUGAGGAUGAUAUGAAAGUUGAGGGACAGCACAAAUGUCUAGGAGUAGCCAUCUCUAAUGGCUGGAUGUUGUCAAUGGAUGAAGAAACAGUGGGAGUCCCGAGCUCCGGUUCUUUUUGUGAUUGCAGUGGCUAUGUUUGUGGAUUGCAUUCAAUUCACUAUUAUCGCUCCAAUUGCCCCAGCUUUACUUUAUGAGAUGGACUAUAGGAAUGGAAACACAACAUUGAAGAACUCCUCUGGCCGUUACCCUGACUCCAGCUAUGAUGCCCUUUCCAAUGUUUCACACGUUGACAACUCCAAAAAUGCUCCAUAUCAUGACCAGUUCUUUAACGAGAGUCACAGAAAUCACUCAGAGUGCUACGCGGGGAAGGACUUUUUAAAUGAUGAGAAUGUGCGAGUGGGUCUUCUCCUGGCAAUAAAAGCCUUUGUUCAGCUUCUGACAAACCCUAUUGUGGGUAAACUUAUUAACAGAACUGGAUAUGAUGCCCCAAUGUUUUGUGGCUUUAUCAUUGUGUUCAUCUCCUGUCUUAUGUUUGCUUUUGUCAACUCAUACGUCCUUCUUUGUGUGGCCAGGGGGUUGCAGGGAGUUGGAUCAGCCUUCACCAUGGUGCCAGCUAUGGGCAUGCUGGCACAUUUGUUUCCAGAUGAUGCUGAAAGAGGAAAAGCCAUGGGAUUAGCCAUGAGUGGUAUUGCAGUUGGGGUGCUUGCGGGGCCUCCCUUUGGUUCUGCCAUGUAUGAGUUUGUUGGAAAGUCUUCUCCAUUUCUGGUUGUAGCAGCAUUAGCUUUUAUUGACGGAGCACUCCAGUUAUGUAUACUGAAGCCUACCAAGCUUUCCCCAAUGAGUGUACCUGAAACACCCUACAGAGUUCUUCUCACAGAUCCUUACAUUAUAGUAGCUGCAGUGGGUCUCUGUAUUUGUAAUCUUUCCUUUGGCAUGCUGGAACCAACCAUACCCAUUAGAAUGAUGGAAACCAUGUGCGCGCCCCCAUAUCAACUUGGACUGGCUUUUCUUCCCUGUGUGCUUUCAUAUUUAAUUUGUCUUAAUCUUUUUGCGGGGCUUUCGCAAAAAAUUGGGAGGUGGCUAUGCAUUAUGCUUGGAAUGAUGGUUGUAGGAAUCAGCGUCCUGUUUAUGCCUUUAGCAGUAAAUAUUUAUGGACUUAUUGCACCUCAAGCAGCACUGGGAAUCGGCUUUGGAUUGUUUGAGACAUCAAUGUUGCCAAUCAUGGCUUACCUGGUAGAUUUACGUCACACUUCAAACUAUGGGGGCAUCUACGCCAUCUCUGAUAUUGCUCUGUGCGUUGGUUAUGCACUGGGUCCAUUGUGUGGAGGAGCCAUUGCUAAGGCCAUUGGAUUCAGCUGGUUAAUGGUGAUAUUAGGUAUAAUAAACAUUGUUUAUGCCCCUCUGUUCAUUCUAUUGCGCAGCCCACCAGGCAAAGAGGAGAAAAAGCCUGUACUAAGCAAUGAGGAGAAGCAAGAGGAGAGCGAAGAAUCAAGACCAUUUCCCACAUAUGCGACUCAUAGACCUGAGUCACAAGCAGAUUCACUGUGCCUCCAAAAGUAACAAGGACCCAGUCUUCUGGCCACCUCAUUCUUCAACACUUCAUUCAGAUUUAAUGAUAUUUAAGAUAAAGUGAACACCCAUUAGGCAAUAGAGAAGUAUUUACUAAAUAUUUAACCUGUCACAUUCAGUACCUCCACUGUUUCAACUGUGCCUGAUAAACGUCAUCUUUCUGGUGAGAAAUAGUAUUGGAAAUACUUUCCCCUGUUUGGUGGGAAACAGGACAGGGGAUAUGAAAUAUCUUACAAAGAUACAAGUUUAACUUAAAAAAUAAAGGCUUGGUACUACA